AUGGCCGGACGUGCUGUACGCGGCGAAGAAAACGGAGGAGCGGCGGAAAUGGAGCGCAAGUCGCCAGCGGUACUUUUGACGCCAUCCCAAACGCUCCUGCAACCGUCCUUGCGCAAGCUCCACGCGGCUCGUCAACUCGGUGGCACGAGCCAGAAGUCGUUGGAUGACGCAACUGCGGUCACCGUGGUCUAUUCGUCGUUCGAAAAAACGAUCCUUGACUUCAAUGCAAUGAUCGAUGCCGACAUGGUCGAACACGUGGCGACAACACUGCCAUGUUGCAAACAAUUGCUCCCCGUCGACCCCCCGGUCCGACGAUCGAUUCCGUCGUUGGGAUCGCGCUUUUUUCUUCACACGACAACCGCUCGCAAGCACGAUGACGUCCCACAUGGAUGGAACCCGUUUGCCAAUUCGUUUUGCAUCACCCGUAACGCCUAA